AUAAAAUAACAUUUUUAAUCUCAUCUGACAUAUCGUAUCAAUUUUUUGGUGUCAAAAGUGGCUCACAAUUUAUUAUGUGUUUGAAUAGCUAUACAGCUAUAGCUAUAUCUCUCACUUAUAAACUGCAUAGCAAUGCAUACGUUGACUGUUGACUGACUCAUACAACACAACACAACACAACACAACAUAGCAUAACAUAUCCAUUGGUGUCACACAUCCGACCAAUUGAUGCAAUCGUUGGCUAACCUCAUACAGUAUAUAUACAGACAGUCUCUCCUCUCUCUCUCUCUCUCUUUUACAAACACCGAUCAACUAUAGACACCUGUAGUCGGGCACCGAUAGCACUGAAAACAACAACAAACAUCACAUAAGCAAACCGUUUGAUUGCAUAACUGAGUCAUUGAUUGAAUGAAUGCUGUAUUUUGUUGUCAAAUAUCAAAGUGAUUAUAAAAUCAAUUUUGUGUUUAUAAUGACUGCAAUCAAUCAAUGAACACGAGUUUUGUCAUCAUUUUUCAUCACAUUUUAUUCAUUUGAAACUAAGUAUUGCAAACAUAAUAUACAAUAAACGGUCUCAGCUAUGGAUGAGAGACCGGCCACUAGCGAUCGUAUAGCUGAUCAAUUGAAUGAUAUACCACUGGCCGAUGAGGACGCACCCGACGAUAUUAGCGAUGACUCUAAUCAGACACAAAGUCAAGAAAAGUUAUGCGAAGCCCAGAGAUAUCAAAUGGACGGACAAAGCUUUGAAUCGAUACCCUCUGUCUAUACUAAUGGAACCGAUAGUUCCCCUCAACCUAAUUCAUUUGAUCCGGAUUUAAAUGCAGAUGAGAUCGAGGAAAAGGAACGACUCAUUACACAAGUACUCGAACUACAGAACACACUCGACGAUUUAUCUCAAAGAGUCGAUUCGGUCAAAGAGGAGAACCUGAAACUCAAGUCCGAGAAUCAAGUAUUGGGUCAAUACAUUGAGAAUCUGAUGUCAGCUUCGAGUGUCUUUCAGUCGACAUCACCCAAGUCUAAGAAAAAAACAAAUAAUAAGAAAUAAAAAUUGCAAUUUUACUCAUAUUGUACAGUAUAUUAUAAGCAUAACAUUUUAGUGCUAAUUGAUAACAACAAAAUUAUUGUUCCCAAUCCUACUCUAUUACCGUAAUAUAACAUUAAUUUGAAUGUAAUAUAUUAUUUACUGUUAAUUAUUUUUGUAUCCACUCAUUACCCUACGAUUUACCAUAAGCUCAGUAAAUAAGUACACAC